CGCGCGGCCAUUUCCGCUCCUCCGUCCGUGCGGCUUUCCGACUCCGCCGACUUCGGCUGCUGUUGGAGAGUGGCGAGCCAACGUGACCGCAGCCAUGACUGAGGCUGAUGUAAAUCCAAAGGCUUAUCCCCUUGCAGAUGCCCACCUCACCAAGAAACUGUUGGACCUUGUUCAGCAGUCAUGUAACUACAAGCAACUUCGGAAAGGAGCCAAUGAGGCCACCAAAACUCUCAACAGAGGCAUCUCUGAGUUCAUUGUGAUGGCUGCAGAUGCUGAACCUCUGGAGAUCAUCCUGCACCUCCCACUGCUAUGUGAAGACAAGAAUGUGCCCUAUGUGUUUGUGCGUUCCAAGCAGGCCCUAGGGCGGGCUUGUGGGGUUUCCAGGCCUGUCAUUGCCUGUUCUGUCACCAUCAAAGAAGGCUCUCAACUGAAGCAGCAGAUCCAGUCCAUUCAGCAGUCUAUUGAAAGGCUCUUAGUCUAAACCUGUGGCCGGCCUCUGCCCUGCUCUCCCCACCAACCCAGCUACACCCUGAGGGUGACAGAGCAGCAGCAUAGCUGCAGGAUUCCAAAGACAACAUGGGUGAGCGGGCAUGGGGGACAAUCGACCUGGAUCUCGGAAGAGUCAGGAGUGGCAAGGGAAAAAGUGUCAUCUGGUGCUGGAAUGAGGGAUUCUGGGGAAAUCAUGGAGACCUGGCUGGAAGCUACAGAGAGAUGAUGGGAUCCAGAAAGCAUCCUCUUUGAAUGGAAUUUCUUCAGUGGCCACUUAGCACCAGCUCUGGAGCCCUCACCCAUUUCCUGCCACAACAUGGUCAGAUAUUCUUUGUCCCAGGAGAGUGUUCAUUCUUGAGCAUACUAAUAAAAAACAUAUAUUCAUAUUCCAUUUUAAAGAAA